CAUCUAGUGGCCAUGUGCAGUUAUUCACACAUUAUUAGUAGUGGCAUUGUUGGCCUUAAUUUUUGCAAUUUCUGAAAUAGAUUUAUCGUUUUCUCUUCAAUGACCAUAUUGUUAAUUUGAGAUUAUAAUAUGGCACAUGUAUCAUCUAUAUUGUAGAUUAAGUCAUCACCUUAUUAUCUCAAACAUUCCUGUUUGUACAACAAUGACGUAUGCUAUACUGGCUACUUCCGGACGGAAUCUAAUUACAAUUGAGAAAGAUAGCAGCGCUCGAGCGGCUAAUUCUAUGUCCUUUGUUGUAUUAUAUAAACGUCUUGUCCGUGGUGAUAUUGUCUAUAUAAAUCACGCAGGUCUUUUUGCCUGUGGUACGUCCGAUAUAGCUAAUUCUGGAAAGGACCCGAGAUAAACGCAAGGCACAGUGCAGACGGCAGAUUGCUGCUUUCUUAUCUAUCUAGUAGGACGAAGAUGUCUGACAAAAGCGACCUGAAAGCUGAGCUGGAGCGAAAGAAACAGAGGCUAGCUCAAAUACGAGAGGAGAAGAAGAGAAAGGAGGAGGACAGGAAAAAGAAAGAGUCUGAGAGUCUGCAGCAGAAAACAGAGAAUGUCUCUGAAGAUUCUGACUUGGACCGCAAACGAAGAGAGACGGAGGCGCUGCUGCAGAGUAUUGGGAUCUCACCAGAACCACCAUUAGUGAGCACCACCAGUGAUGCUGGCAGCCAGGAGUCCGUAGAUGGGGGGACAGUGGGAAGAUAUAGGACCCUGCAGUGGGACACGGACCCCUCUGCUCUCCAGCUGCAGGCAGACUCUGAGCUGGGGCGCAGGAUGCACAGACUUGGAGCGUCAAAAAUAGUACAGAUUGACUUCGUUCCCAAAGAGCUUGUGACCUACACUAAAGAGACCCAGACUCCUUCAGCAGCACAUCAAUCUGAAGAAGAAGAAGAGGAUGAGGAGAGCAGUGAGCCUAAAGCUUCCCCUCAGACUGACCAGCCGGAGGAGGAAGGAGAGGCAGAGGACAGUAAAGAGGCCCAUCCCAGAGAGCUGACGGAGGAGGAGAGGGAACAGAUUCUCCACUCAGAGGACUUCCUGGUGUUCUUUGAGCGGUCGGUCUCUGUGGUGGAGCGGGCGCUGGCCGAGGAGGGAGACAUCUUCUUCGACUACAGCGGCCGGGACCUGGAGGACAAAGAAGGGGACAUGCAAGGUGGAUCCAAUCUGUCUUUCAACCGUGUGUUCCAUGACGAUCACUGGUCCAAACACCGAGUAGUCACCUGCUUAGACUGGUCCCCACAGUACCCUGAACUGAUGGUGGCCUCUUACAACAGCAACGAGGAUGCUCCACACGAGCCUGAUGGGAUAGCGCUGGUGUGGAACAUGAAGUUCAAGAAGACCACUCCAGAGUAUACAUUUCACUGCCAGUCGUCAGUGAUGUCUGUGGGCUUUGCUCAGUUCCAUCCUAACCUGGUGGUGGGGGGAACUUACUCAGGACAGAUUGUGUUGUGGGAUAACCGUAGUCACAGGAGGACCCCCGUCCAGAGGACCCCCCUGUCUGCUGCAGCACACACUCAUCCAGUGUACUGUGUGAACGUGGUGGGUACCCAGAAUGCCAACAACCUGAUAACAGUGUCUACUGAUGGGAAGAUGUGCUCCUGGAGUCUAGACAUGCUCUCUCAGCCUCAGGAGAGUAUGGAGCUGGUCUACAAUAAGUCCAAGCCCGUAGCAGUAACAGGAAUGGCCUUCCCUGCCGGAGAUGUUAACAACUACGUGGUGGGAAGCGAGGAAGGGAUGGUGUACUCUGCGUCCCGCCACGGCAGUAAAGCAGGUAUAGCUGAGAUGUUUGAGGGGCACCAGGGCCCAGUGACUGGGAUCAGCUGCCAUAACGCUGUGGGCACUGUGGACUUCUCACACCUCUUCAUCACGUCCUCCUUUGACUGGACUGUAAAACUGUGGUCCAUCAAGGAUCCUCCUGGGGUAAAGAAUGUUUUUGGAUCCCUCAGGAUCCUCCUGGGGUAA